AUGCUGUUCGCGCAAGCUUUGCUGUCCGCCCAAGUUGUGCUGUCUUCGCAAGUUGUGCUGUCCUCUCAAGUUGUGCUGUCCUCUCAAGUUGUGCUGUCCUCUCAAGUUUUGAUGUCCUCUCAAGUUGAGGUGUCCUCUCAAGCUGAGCUGUCCUCGCAAGCUGUGCUGUCCUCACAAGCUGUGCUGUCCUCGCAAGCUGUGCUGUCCUCGCAAGCUAUGCUGUCCUCGCAAGCUGUGCUGACCUCACAAGCUGUGCUGUCCUCGCAAGCUUUGCUGUCCUUGGAAGCUGUGCUGUCCUCGCAACCUGUGCUGUCCUCGCAACCUGUGCUGUCCUCGCAAGCCGUUCUCUCCUCGCAAGCUGUGCUGUCCUCACGAGCUGUGCUGUCCUCACAAGCUGUGCUGUCCUCGCAAAAUGUGCUGUCCUCGCAAGCUGUGCUGUCCUCGCAAGCUGUGCUGUCGUCUCAAGUUGAGCUGCCCUCUCAAGUUCAGCUGCCCUCUCAAGUUGAGCUGUCCUCUCAAGUUGAGCUCUCCUCUCAAGUUGAGCGGUCCUCUCAAGUUGAGCUGUACUCUCAAGUUGAGCUUUCCUCUCAAGUUGAGCAGUCCGCUGAAGUUGAGUUGUCCUCUCAAAUUGAGGAGUCCUCUCAAGUUGAGCUGUCCUCGCAAGCUGUGCUGUCGUCCCAAGCUAAGCUGUCCUCCCAACCUCUGCUGUCCUCGCAAGCCGUGCUGUCCUCGCUAGCCGUGCUGUCCUCAGAAGCCGUGCUGUCCUCUCACGCUUUGCUGUCCUCGCAAGCUUUGCUGUUCUCGCAAGCUUUGCUGUCCUCGCAAGUUGUGCUGUCUUCUCAAGUCGUACAGCCCGCUCAAGUCGAACUGUCCUCUCAAGUUGAGCUGUUAUCUCAAGCUGAGCUGUCCUCGCAACCUGUGCUUUCCUCGCAAGCUGUGCUGUCCUCGCAAGCUGUGCUGUCCUCGCAAGCUGUGCUGUCCUCGCAAGCUGUGCUGUCCCCGCAAGCUGUGCUGUCCUCGAAAGCUGUGCUGUCCUCGAAAGCUGUGCUGUCCUUGGAGGCUGUGCUGUCCUCGCAACCUGUGCUGUCCUCGCAACCUGUGCUGUCCUCGCAAGCCGUUUUCUCCUCGCAAGCUGUGCUGUCCUCGCAAGCUGUGCUGUCCUCGCAAGCUGUGCUGUCCUCGCAAGCUGUGCUGUCGUCGCAAGCUGUGUCGUCCUCGCAAGCUGUGCUGUCCUCACAAGCUGUGCAGUCGUCUCAGGUUGAGCUGCCCUCUCAAGUUCAGCUGCCCUCCCAAGUUGAGCUGUCCUCUCAAGUUGAGCUAUCCUCUCAAGUUGAGCUGUCCUCUCAAGUUGAGCUGUCAAGUUGA